CCUCCACCUCCCUCCCUGAUAGAAGAGAGAAAGAAGAAGAAGAUUCUAGAAGUCACCAGAGAGAUCACUGAGCUGCUGACAGGAGAGGUUCCUAUAAGGUGUCAGGGUGUCACUGUCUAUUUCUCCAUGGAGGAGUGGGAGUAUUUAGAAGGACACAAGGAUCUCUACAAGGACGUCAUGAUGGACAAUCAGCCGCCCCUCACAUCACCGGAGUGUGGGAAAUGUUUUUCAUUGAAGUCCCAUCUUUCCACACAUCAGAGAUCUCACACGGGGGUGAUGCCAUAUUCCUGUUCUGAGUGUGGAAAAUGUUUUUCACAAAUAUCCAAUCUUUAUAAACAUCAGAGGUCUCAUUUUGGGGAGAAGCCAUAUUUCUGCCCUGAGUGCGGGAAAUGUUUUUCACGGAAGUCCCAUCUCUCCAUACAUCAGAGAUCUCACACGGGGGUGAUGCCAUAUUCCUGUUCUGAGUGUGGAAAAUGUUUUUCACAGAUAUCCAAUCUUCACAUACAUCAGAGAUCACACACGGGGGAAAAGCCAUAUUCUUGUCCUGAGUGUGGGAAAAGUUUUUCACAUAGAUCCAAUCUUUACACACAUCAGAGAUCUCACAAUUGGGAAAAGCCACUUUCCUGUCCUGAGUGA